AUGGAAACAUUGGAAUCAGAACUAACCUGUCCUGUUUGUCUGGAGCUAUUUGAAGACCCACUUCUGCUUCCGUGCGCUCAUAGCCUGUGUUUCAGUUGUGCCCACCGUAUAUUGGUUUCUGCAAAGUCUUCAAGUGAAAUAGUGGAACCUGUUACAGCCUUUCAGUGUCCAACUUGUAGAUAUGUCAUUUCUCUCAGUCAUCGUGGUUUGGAAGGGUUAAAACGCAACAUCACUUUACAAAACAUUAUUGACCGCUUCCAAAAGGUCUCCCUGAGUGUGCCAAGUUCUCCCAGUGACGAAAACAGAGACAAAAUCUACAAAAAUAUCCCAAUCAUGGCAACAGAGAGGAUUCCAUGCCAGUUCUGUGAGAUGGAACCACCAAGAGAUGCUGUGAAGACCUGUAUCACUUGUGAGGUGUCUUAUUGUGACCGCUGUCUACGUGCAACUCACCCUAACAAGAAGCCUUUUACCAGUCACCGCCUGGUGGAGCCAGUAUCGGAUGCACAUUUUCGAGGAUUUGUUUGUGUGGAACAUGAGAACGAGAAGGUUAAUAUGUACUGUACUGUAGAUGAUCAGCUUAUUUGUGCCUUAUGCAAAUUAGUGGGUAGACACAGAGAUCAUCAGGUGGCUUCAUUAAGUGAUCGAUAUGAAAAACUGAAGCAAACUCUGGAAUCCAAUAUCACCAGUCUGGUCAAACACAGCGGUGAACUUGAAACCCAAAUGGCUAAACUUAUUCAAAUUUGCCAGCAGAUAGAGGUUAAUACCAGCAUGCAUGAGGCAAAGCUCAGUGAGGAAUGUGAUGAACUUAUGGACAUAAUACAAAGAAGAAAGCAAAUGAUUGCAGUGAAGAUUAAGGAAACAAAAGUAAGAGAGUGUACAUAUUAA